UUUGAAAACUACACUCAUGUUAUUUCUUCUUCGUUGUAAUCUUACUCCCCUGAACAGAAACUCUACGAUCCUCUCCAAGGCCGGGAUAGGAAGCAGGUAAAGCAGCCACAUCCCCACCCACCUGACAGCUGAUAACCUGGCCGCUGGAACAGGCUGUCAAAAUCAGGCCUGAGAUAGGGAAGUUCCAGGGAGAAUCCUGUCUACCCCACCGCCUAGGGCUUUCUGGACAGCGCUCCUUGAGAUCAGUUACUCCCCACCUCCUUCUAAAGAGCCAGCCGAAUGCUCUUUUUCCAGUUCUAGCUGAACUGUCGGCUUCAGCCGGCGAGGACUCCUGCCAGGUACCUACCUGGCUUGGUGAGCACCGCCCAAACUGGUCCGGCUAGUCUGCCCUGUGGCUGUUUCUGCCAGGACUUGCCCGUGAGUGUGUUAGAGACCCACCCUUCUCCACAGCAACUCAGGUAGGUGGAAAGGCAGCUCUGGGCACUAACCUGGCAGUCAGGCUAGAUGGGUGGAGCUGAAUUAAUCUAACCUGGAAUUUCAACUUGGCCGGCACAACAGGCAGCGCUGCCUUCCUCACCAUCCUGAUCCCCAGAGGAGAACUACCCUGGGGAGACUCCACCCUGCUCUGCCCCGCCGCACACCCACCUGCUCACCUCAUGCCCGGGUCCUGGCUGAGUGAGGGUGAAGAACCCACCCGGCCAAGAUGAUCUCUUCCUUGAGGGCUGCUGCUGCUGUGCUCUCCCAGAUCCUGGGCCCCAGCAGGUGGGAAAGUGGCCCUGGAAGCCCUGUCAGACUGCUGCAGAGGAGGUGAAGAGGCAUCCAACCUGGAGACGGGGAGCUCCUUGUCUUCCACCUUUGUAGAUUAUUGACUGUUUUAGGAGAGAAAGACCUGUUGGUGGCCUUUUGCAGACAACAGGAAACUGCUGGAAACUGGAUUGUGGUUCUGCACAGGACCUAUGCUCUCCUCACUGGCAGUGUCAGCAUCAUGAGCCAGUUUCAGGUGCCCCUGGCCGUCCAGCCGGACCUGCCAGGCCUUUAUGACUUCCCUCAGGGCCAAGUGAUGGUAGGGGGCUUCCAGGGAUCUGGGCUUCCUGUGACUGGGAGUGAGGCCCAGCUGAGAGGGAAUGGAGAUGGGCGAAAGAAACGGAAACGGUGUGGUAAUUGUGAGCCCUGCCGGAGGCUGGAAAACUGUGGGGCUUGCACCAGCUGUACCAACCGCCGCACACACCAGAUCUGCAAACUUCGCAAGUGUGAGGUGCUGAAGAAAAAAGUGGGGCUUCUCAAGGAGGUGGAAAUAAAGGCUGGUGAAGGAGCCGGGCCGUGGACACAAGGGGCGGCUGUCAAGACAGGCUCAGAGCUCAGCCCAGUUGAUGGACCUGUUCCAGGUCAGAUGGACUCAGGGCCAGUGUACCAUGGGGACUCACGGCAGCUAAGCACCUCAGGGGCGCCGGUCAAUGGUGCUAGAGAGCCCGCUGGACCCAGUCUACUGGGGGCUGCAGGUCCUUGGCGGGUAGACCAGAAGCCCGACUGGGACGCUGCCCCAGGCCCAGCUCACACUGCUCGCCUGGAAGAUGCUCACGAUUUGGUGGCCUUUUCGGCUGUGGCCGAAGCUGUGUCCUCUUAUGGGGCCCUUAGCACUCGGCUCUAUGAAACCUUCAACCGUGAGAUGAGUCGUGAGGCUGGGAAUAACAGCAGGGGCCCCCGGCCAGGGCCUGAGAGCUGCUCUGUUGGCAGUGAAGACCUUGACACGCUACAGACGGCCCUGGCCCUUGCACGGCAUGGCAUGAAACCACCCAACUGCAACUGCGAUGGCCCAGAAUGCCCUGACUACCUCGAGUGGCUGGAGGGGAAGAUCAAGUCUGUGGUUAUGGAAGGAGCGCAGGAGCGGCCCAGGGUCACAGGGACUCUGCCCCCUGCUGAGGCUGGCCUCCCAGCACCAAGUACCAGGCCACUUCUUAGCUCUGAGGUCCCCCAGGUACCUCCCCUGGAGGGCCUGCCCCUGUCCCAGAGUGCCCUAAGCAUUGCGAAGGAAAAGAACAUCAGCCUGCAGACUGCUAUUGCCAUCGAGGCCCUCACACAGCUCUCUUCCACCCUGCCCCAGCCUUCUCAUUCCACCUCUCAGGCUUCAUGCCCCCUCCCUGAAGCCUUGUCCCCUCCUGCCCCUUUCAGGUCUCCCCAGUCCUACCUCCGGGCUCCUUCGUGGCCUGUGGUUCCCUCUGAGGAGCACCUGUCUUUUCCUCCUGAUAGCCCAGCCUUCCCUCCUGCGCCUCCUAGAACUGAGUUUCCUGAAGCCUGGGGCACCGACACCCCACCAGCAACACCUCGGAACUCCUGGCCAGUGCCCCGCCCGAGCCCCGACCCCAUGGCUGAACUGGAGCAGUUAUUGGGCAGUGCCAGUGAUUACAUCCAGUCAGUAUUUAAGAGGCCUGAGGCCCUGCCCACCAAGCCCAAGAUUAAAGUUGAGGCACCCUCUUCUUCCCCAGCCCCAUCCUCAUCCCCCAUUCUCCAGAGGGAGGCUCCAACACCAUCCUCGGAGCCAGACACCCACCAGAAGGCCCAGACCGCCCUACAGCAGCACCUCCACCAUAAGCGUAGUCUUUUCCUAGAACAGACCCAUGAUGCCUCCUGUCCUCUUCCUGGGGAGCCUCCUACUCCUGGCUGGUGGGCCCCACCAAGCUCACCUGCUCCACGGCCUCCAGACAGAGCACCCAAGGAGAAGAAGAAGAAGCCCCCCACACCAGUUGGAGGUCUUGUGGGAACAGACAAAGCUGCCCCUGGGAUCAAGCCCAGUGUCCGAAAGCCCAUUCAGAUCAAGAAGUCCAGGCCACGGGAAGCGCAACCCCUCUUCUUGCCUGUCAGACAGAUUGUCCUGGAAGGGCUGAGGCCCCAAGCCACUGAGGAAGUGCAGGCACAUGCACCUGCCCCUCUCUCAGCCCCACUUUCUGCCGCUCUCUCUACCGCUCUCUCUACUCCUCUCUCUGCCCCUGCCCCUGCCCUCCCUCUUUCUCUCCCUCUCCCUCUCUCUCUUCCUGCCUCACAAGGCUCUGCUGUCUCCUUGCCCACAGAACCUUCUCUUGCGCUAUUUGCACCUAGUCCCUCCGGGGACAACCUGCUGCCCCCUACUCAGGAAAUGAGGUCCCCCAGCCCUAUGGCCACCCUGCAGCCAGGCUCUGCUGGUCCCCUUCCCCCUGCUGAUGACAAGCUAGAAGAGCUCAUCCGGCAGUUUGAGGCUGAAUUUGGGGAUAGCUUUGGGCUUCCUGGCCCCCCUUCUGUGCCCAUUCAGGACCCUGAGAACCAGCCAACUUGUCUCCCAGCCCCCGAGAGCCCUUUUGCUACCCGGUCCCCCAAGCAAAUCAAGAUUGAGUCUUCAGGAGCUGUGACUGUACUCUCAACCACCUGCUUCCAUUCAGAAGAAGGUGGCCAGGAGGCCACACCCACCAAGGCUGAGAAUCCACUCACACCCACCCUUAGUGGCUUCUUGGAGUCACCUCUUAAGUACCUGGACACACCCACCAAGAGCCUGCUGGACACACCUGCCAAGAGGGCCCAGGCCGAGUUCCCCACUUGUGAUUGUGUCGAGCAAAUAGUGGAGAAGGAUGAAGGUCCGUAUUACACUCAUCUGGGAUCUGGCCCCACAGUAGCUUCUAUCCGGGAACUCAUGGAGGAGCGGUAUGGAGAGAAGGGAAAAGCCAUCCGGAUUGAGAAGGUCAUCUAUACCGGGAAGGAGGGGAAGAGUUCCAGAGGGUGCCCCAUUGCAAAGUGGGUGAUCCGCAGGCACACACUGGAGGAGAAGCUGCUCUGCCUGGUGCGGCAUCGGGCAGGCCACCACUGCCAGAACGCCGUGAUUGUCAUCCUCAUCCUGGCCUGGGAGGGCAUCCCGCGCAGCCUGGGAGACACCCUCUACCAAGAGCUCACUGAUACCCUCCGGAAGUAUGGGAACCCCACCAGCCGGAGAUGUGGCCUCAAUGAUGACCGGACCUGCGCUUGCCAAGGCAAAGACCCUAACACCUGUGGUGCCUCCUUCUCCUUCGGCUGCUCCUGGAGUAUGUACUUCAAUGGCUGCAAAUACGCUCGAAGCAAGACACCUCGCAAGUUCCGCCUUGCAGGGGACAAUCCCAAGGAGGAAGAGGUACUCCGGAAGAGUUUCCAGGAUCUGGCCACCGAAGUUGCUCCCCUGUACAAGCGGCUGGCCCCUCAGGCGUAUCAGAACCAGGUGACCAAUGAGGAAGUAGCAAUCGACUGCCGCUUGGGACUGAAGGAAGGGAGGCCCUUCUCGGGGGUCACAGCCUGCAUGGACUUCUGCGCCCACGCCCACAAGGACCAGCAUAACCUCUACAAUGGGUGUACUGUGGUGUGCACCCUAACCAAGGAAGACAAUCGCUGUGUGGGCCAGAUCCCUGACGACGAGCAGCUGCACGUGCUCCCCCUGUACAAGAUGGCCAGCACGGAUGAGUUUGGCAGCGAGGAGAACCAGAAUGCCAAGGUGAGCAGUGGGGCCAUCCAGGUGCUCACCGCCUUCCCGCGAGAGGUCCGGCGCCUGCCUGAACCUGCCAAGUCUUGCCGCCAGCGGCAGCUGGAAGCCAGGAGGGCAGCAGCUGAGAAGAAGAAGAUGAUUCAGAAGGAGAAGUUGAGCACCCCCGAGAAGAUCAAGCAGGAGGCCCUGGAGCUGGCUGGGGUCCCCACUGACCCAGGCCUGUCUCUGAAGGGUGGAUUGUCCCAACAAAGCCUGAAGCCCUCCCUCAAGGUGGAGCCACAGAACCACUUCAGCUCCUUCAAGUACAGUGGCAACGCCGUGGUGGAGAGCUACUCGGUGCUGGGCAAUUGCCGGCCCUCCGACCCCUACAGCAUGAACAGUGUAUACUCCUACCACUCCUACUAUGCACAGCCCAGCCUGACCUCUGUCAACGGGUUCCACUCCAAAUAUGCUCUUCCGUCGUUUGGCUACUAUGGCUUUCCAUCCAGCAACCCCGUCUUUCCCUCCCAGUUCCUGGGUCCUGGCAGCUGGGGGCACAGUGGCAGCAGUGGCAGUUUUGAGAAGAAGCCAGACCUCCAUGCUCUGCACAACAGCCUGAGCCCGGCCUACAGUGGUGCUGAGUUUGCCGAGCUGCCUGGCCAGGUUGUUCCCACAGACACCCACCACCCCACUCCUCACCACCAGCAGCCUGCUUACCCAGGCCCCAAGGAGUAUCUGAUUCCCAAGGCUCCCCAGCUCCACCCAGUGUCCAGGGACCCCUCUCCCUUUGCUCAGAGCUCUAACUGCUACAACAGAUCCAUCAAGCAAGAACCAGUAGACCCACUGGUCCAGACCGAAUCUGUACCCAGAGACCCUGGUAAAAUGAGCAAAACGCCUUUGCCGGAAGCAUCUCAGAAUGGGGGACCCAAUCACCUAUGGGGACAGUACUCAGGAGGCCCAAGCAUGUCCCCGAAGAGGACUAACAGUGUGGGUGGCAGCUGGGGGGUGUUCCCUCCUGGGGAAAGCCCUGCCAUUGUUCCUGACAAGCUCAAUUCUUUUGGGGCCAGCUGCCUAACCCCAUCUCACUUCCCAGAGGGCCAGUGGGGUCUGUUUGCCAGUGAGGGGCAGCAGCUGGCUCCCCAUCCUGGAUCACGGCUGCAAGGCAAAUCAUGGAGCCCCUGCAAGUUUGGGAACAGCACCUCGGCUUUGGCUGGGCCUAGCCUGACUGAGAAGCCCUGGGGGAUAGGGGCAGGGGAUUUCAGAUCUGCCCUGAAAGGCAGUCCUGGAUUCCAAGACAAGUUGUGGAAUCCCUUGAAAGGGGAGGAGGGAAGAAUUCCCACGCCGGGGGCAAGCCAUCUGGACAAGGCCUGGCAGGCCUUUGGGGUGCCCCUGGGAUCCAGUGAGAAACUCUUUGGGUCCCUGAAGUCUGAAGAGAAGCUGUGGGAUCCCUUCAGCUUGGAGGAGGGGACAUCUGAUGAGGCUGCCAAGGGGACUGUGAAGGAGGAGAAGGCCAGUGUGGAGGAGGAGGAAGAAGAACUGUGGUCAGACAGCGAACACAACUUCCUGGACGAGAACAUCGGCGGUGUCGCUGUGGCCCCAGCCCAUGGAUCCAUCCUCAUUGAGUGUGCCCGGCGGGAGCUGCAUGCCACCACACCACUCAAGAAGCCCAAUCGCUGCCACCCCACCCGCAUCUCGCUGGUCUUCUACCAGCACAAGAACCUCAACCAGCCCAACCACGGGCUGGCCCUUUGGGAGGCCAAGAUGAAGCAGCUGGCGGAGCGGGCACGGGCACGGCAGGAGGAGGCCGCACGGCUGGGCCUGGGCCAGCAGGAGGCCAAGCUCUACGGGAAGAAGCGCAAGUGGGGGGGCGCCCUGGUCGCCGAGCCCCAGCACAAGGAGAGGAAGGGAGCCGUUCCCACCCGGCAGGCACUGGCCGUGCCCACAGAUUCAGCGGUCACCGUGUCCUCUUACGCCUACACGAAGGUCACUGGCCCCUACAGCCGCUGGAUCUAGGUGCCAGGGAGCCAGCGUACCUCAGCGUCGGGCCCAGCCCGAGCUGCCUCUGUGGUGCUUUUGCCCUCACACCCGGGGGCGGGUUGGGGGUGCAGAAGUCUUUCUAUCUAUACAUACAUAUAUGGAGAUGCCUAUCAUAUAUAUGUAUUUAUGGUCCAAACCUCAGAACUGACCCGCCUCUUCCUUCCCCCCACGUCCCCAGCACUUUGAAGAAGAAACUACGGCUGUCGGGUGAUUUUUUCCGUGAUCUUAAUAUUUAUAUGUCCACGUUGUUUUAUUUUUCCCCUUGUUGGAGGGGCUUUUGUUUUCUGUUUUUAAAACUCUAUCCUUGUAUAUCACAAUAAUGGAAAGAAAGUUUAUAGUGUCCUUUCACAAAGGAGUAGUUUUAAA